GGAAGUUGCUCGUAUUCAACAGUGUGAAGUGAAGUGACGUGUAGCUCUGUGGACAUCGCAGCGGACGUCUGCAAAAACUUUACGUGGAGUGAGAAGAGUCGGAGCUUCACCUUUGGAUAAGCUGUUGGAUCCGUUUUAACACUUUAAUGGCGAACAGUUUCCGGUUUGACUCGGACGACAGAAGUUUUUCAUCCUAACAUCUAACAGCACGGCUCUUACCGGUUAGCCUCCGAGCUAACAGGAACAGCCUCCGUUGUAAGGACAGCUACCUGAAGUGUUCGUUAUGCAAAUCAAUUAUGAUGUUAUCACCUGAGCCGAAACAUGGGAGGCACUAAAAGAGACUUCUCUGACUGUCCUUGACGUGCUUUUAUCAAACUGGACUGUGAACGCAGCAGUUAGCUUGCUAAGGUUAGCCCGUGGUCAGAUAUCAGAUCUGUCAACAUGAGCUCUCUGCUCAGAGGGGAGGAGAUGUGUUUGGCCCAGCUGUUCCUGCAGUCUGGAUCCUCAUACGACUGCAUCAGUGAACUCGGGGAGCUGGGACUCGUGGAGUUCAGAGACCUCAAUCCCACUGUGAACGCUUUCCAACGGAAACACGUCAACGAGAUCAAAAAAUGUGAAGAAAUGGAGCGGAUCCUCGGAUACAUUCUGAGGGAAGUGAAGAAAGCCGACAUCUCUCUGCCUGAGGGAGACGUGAACCCUGUGGCUCCUUUACCAAAGCAUGUCAUGACUAUAAUGGAGCAGCUGCAGAGGCUUGAAGUGGAGUUAGGAGAAGUCACCAGGAAUAAAGAGAAGCUGCAGAGGAAUCUGCUGGAGCUGACUGAGUACACACACAUGCUGCGCAUCACACGCAACUUUGUACAGAGGCCGGCCGAGCGAGAGCCUCUCCAAGUACAGUACGAGGAGUUUCCCUUCCUAGAAAAAGACACGAUGAUGGACUACAGCAGCAUGCAGAGGCUCGGCGCCAAACUGGGUUUCAUUUCGGGGCUCAUCAAGAGGACGAAGAUCGAGGCCUUCGAGCGGAUGCUUUGGAGAGUUUGUAAAGGCUACACGAUACUCAGCUAUGCGGAGGUGGAGGAGUAUCUGGAAGAUCCCAGCACAAAUGAGCCAACCAAAAAGGUGGUGUUUCUAAUCUCUUACUGGGGAGAUCAAAUUGGCCAGAAAGUGAAGAAGAUCUGUGACUGCUAUCACUGUCACUUGUACCCAUAUCCCAGCAGCAACGAGGAGAGGAAUGAUGUUGUGGAAGGACUUAGAACUCGCAUUCAGGACCUGCACACAGUUCUUCACAGGACCGAGGACUACCUGAGACAGGUCCUGAUGAAGGCCUCAGAAACCGUCUACACCUGGGUCAUCCAGGUCAAGAAGAUGAAGGCCAUCUACUAUAUUCUGAACUUGUGUAGUUUGGAUGUCACCAACAAGUGUCUGAUCGCUGAGGUCUGGUGUCCUGUCGAUGAUAUUCCCACGCUGCGGCGGGCCCUGGAGGAAGGAUCGAGAAAGAGCGGAGCAACGGUUCCGUCCUUUGUCAACCGUAUCCCCACCAGUGACACGCCCCCCACCCUGAUAAGGACUAACAAGUUUACCUCCGGCUUCCAGAACAUCGUGGAUGCCUACGGAGUGGGAAACUACAGGGAGGUUAACCCUGGUGACUCCUUUACAAUCAUCACUUUCCCGUUCCUGUUCGCUGUGAUGUGGGACCUGGGUCAUGGUGUCAUCAUGGCUCUGUUUGCCUUCUGGAUGGUUCUCUAUGAGAACAACCGCAAACUGAAAAACACCAGAAAUGAGAUCUGGAACACCUUCUUUGAGGGCCGUUAUAUCAUCCUGAUGAUGGGCCUGUUCUCCAUCUACACUGGCCUGAUCUACAACGACUGUUUCUCCAAGUCCCUGAACAUCUUUGGAUCUCGGUGGAGUGUGAAGGCCAUGUUCACAGCUAAAGUGUGGAAGUGGGAUGAUGUCCACGGGAAUCGGUUUCUCACUCUCGAUCCAAACGUUACGGAUGUUUUCCGUGGACCUUACCCUCUUGGAAUCGACCCAAUUUGGAACUUGGCAUCAAACCGGCUCACAUUUCUGAACUCCUAUAAGAUGAAGAUGUCGGUGAUAUUGGGAGUCUUUCACAUGAGCUUCGGCGUCGUCCUGAGCACUUACAAUCACAUAUACUUCAGGAAGAAGUACAACCUGUACUUGGUGUUUCUCCCUGAGCUGCUGUUCCUGCUCUGUCUCUUUGGCUACCUGGUGUUCAUGAUCUUCUACAAGUGGCUGGUCUUCUCUGCCGACAGCUCCAGACACGCACCGAGCAUCCUCAUCCACUUCAUAAACAUGUUCCUCAUGCAGGGCGACGCCGUGCAGCCGCUCUACCCGGGACAGACUGGCCUGCAGGUUUUCCUCGUGGUCAUUGCUGUUCUCACUGUGCCCGUCUUACUCCUGGGGAAACCCGUCUACCUUUACUGGCUUCACAAUGGAAGCCAGCGGCUGGGAAUGUACAGGGGAUAUGAGCGAGUGCGGCGUAACAGUGAAGAGGAGCUCUAUCUGAUGAGGACUCAUGACAUGGAGGAGGGCAGCAGUCACAGCGAUCUCUCCGUUAGUGGAGAGCGGCAAAAAGAGGAGUUUGACUUUGGAGAUGAGUUCCUGCAUCAGGCCAUCCACACAAUAGAGUACUGCCUCGGCUGCAUUUCAAACACGGCGUCCUACCUGAGGCUCUGGGCUCUGAGUCUGGCACAUGCCCAGCUAUCAGAGGUGCUGUGGACCAUGGUGAUGCGAGUAGGACUACGCAUGGACAGCUCCUGGGGGGUUUUGUUCCUGGUGCCCGUGUUUGGCCUGUUUGCCGUUCUCACUGUGUCCAUCCUCCUGGUGAUGGAGGGUCUGUCUGCAUUCCUUCACGCCCUCCGCCUGCACUGGGUGGAGUUUCAGAAUAAAUUCUACAGCGGCGGUGGAUUCAAGUUCAUCCCCUUCUCCUUCUCCCUGCUGCCCUCCAGCUUGGAGCACGACAGUUUACUGUGAAGGACUAUCGGCUAAAACUGUGAAGUGGUGGACUGAAACCGAUCCAGCAAGCAGCUUGCCAUGACUAAAGACUUAAUCAAGAGAUUUUCUUUUUUUAAUCGUUAAGCAUCUUUCCACAUACAGAGGGUUUGUGUAGUGAGCCGUACAGACUCUGGACUGAAUCAUACUGCCUUACCAACACUUUCAAGAGCUCUUUUUAUGCAGACAUUUCCAACAUGGCUACUAGAAUUGUUUGUUGAUUCCUUUUUACACUGAAUGGAGCGAUGUUUGCAAUCUACUUUUCAUGUGUUCAAUUUUUCGAUGUUGUGGAGGCAUUCUGAAAGCAAAAGAGGUGUGAGGCGUUGUCACGAUGUCUGAAUUUUAAACUUCAAAUCAAAGAUAUCCAUACGUGUUUCCAUACCACAGCAACAAUAGAAGUCUUGUGCCCCGUGUCCACCUGAUGUUUUUUUCUCAGCGCCAGCUUCUUUUUUAAAUUGUUUUCAAUGAGGAGAGCGUUCGCAGCAGCAGCAGGCGGCCGCCAGGAGAAAAAACGCAGCGCACAGCGUCUUUUUCCCCGAGCGCUCUGCCUCUGUUGUGCGGCUACACCGAGCGCUUCCAGUUGAAAGUCUUUCAACUUUUCAGAAAAGGCGUUGACGUCACCGCGCUCUUUUCCAAUUGUACGAUAUUCCGCCUAGUUUUGAUCGUGUCUUGUACCCACGUCCUCUUUGCGCUGUGUCUGCUCUCAAAUGAAUAACAUUGAGUAAAAAGUAACGUAGCCGUGUCGCUCAUACAGCGGCUGUUGACAACAGACAGGAUGACAUGCAGCUCUUUUCUUAUCAGCGCUUCAUGCACAGUCAGCACUUUUCUGCCCGGAAGAAAACGCUGUGUGGACACAGGGCCUGAGGAUCUUGAUAUUGGAUGAUUUUUUUUUUGUUUUAUUAGCAAAAAAAUGCAAACAGACUCCUGAACACUGUCUUAAUUUCACAAAUACAUUGGCAAUGUUUCAAAAUGAAACAUGCUGUAUAGACAGUGUCACCUCCUCUGCUCUCUGUGUGUAUGUCACAGACUUAAAGGAAACUUUUUGCAUCUUUAUGAAACCUAAAAAGAACUUAAGAAAUGUCAGCAUUAUCCAACCUGUGGCUUUGAAAUGACCUCCGACGUUUUCUCAAAGCGGCUUUAGUUUAAAACAUCUCUGAAGAUCUGUAGUGUCCCAAAACUAUCAGUACUUUUCAACACUAUACAUAAAUGUCCUUUAAGACACAUGAUUACGAAAUAUAGCAAAGUAUCAGAAACUUUGGCAACCUUACGGAGGUGGAAAGAAUCUUUCUUAUUCUGCUAGUUCACCAAUUUUAAUCGACUUUAAAUAAUCUGUCACUAUCUCUGCUUCCUGCUUAACUUAGGAGCAAUAUCACCCUCACAUUUCCACUUGAUUCCCCAGUGAGGCAGCGUAACAGCUUUCCAGUGUAAAAGAGGCUAAAACACAAAAAGUACAGGUUAAAUGUAGGGAACAUUGCUAUAUGUAUAUUUAUGCAUCAAAAAGUAUUGGUACCAAAAUAAGUACAGUGCUACACUGCAGAAUGUUGUAUUAGGCUAAAUUAAAUUCAAUGAGUCGUUUAUUGGUAGAAGUUGUCUCGUGUGGAGAACAACAACUCCCAGGAGGUAGCGUAAACAAAAAGGAUAUUAGCAUAAAGGUAAGUAAUAAGCACAUUGAAGGCACCAAUGUGAAGCCUGGAUUAUAAUAAAGCAGUUUAAGGCUCAUGUCUUUUCAAAGUGGUGGACAGAAGUUAAAAAAAAAAUAUCUUCCUGUUCCUUUAAGAAAUUAAGGUUUUUUUAAAUUCUUUGUUUUCUUUGUCGAGUUAUUUCUGUGAAUAAGUUUGACAUAAUAUUGAUUCGGUGACUUUGAGCUUCACUUCUGCAGAUGUUUCCAUUCCCUUGGCUAACUCUUUGUUGCACUGACAGCCUUUUUCAGAAGUCCAACCAAACGUCAGCUCGCCGUGUCUUUUCUUCCCGCUCUUCUGUGUUCUGUCUUUGUGGUACCAAAGCACUGCAAAGGAAAACGUGUCCGUACUGAGGGAGGAGGCGGUGGUGUGAUGAGAUGUAUAGACUUCUACAGAAUCAUUUUUUUAAUUUAUUGUAUUUUAAAAUGUUACAUCAGAAUGUAAAGAGCGUAUGAUUUUACUGGUAUGCAUUCACAGUGUUGCCUUCGGGUUCUGCUUAUUACUUUACAAUUUAACAUUCCAGCAAAUCGGAAAACGUUUCAUGUAGUUGGCUCAGCUGUCAUACAAAUAUCUAAUAUCCCAUUUAAAACAACGGUUCGGCCGUAUUCAAUCUGUGGUGGCCCAAGGUGAAUACUUUCAGAUUGAAAGUAUUUGUCAGUAUUGUUUGGAGCUGGUCAUUUUUUAGAAGGGAAGUAGACGCACUAGUUGUCAUUGUUUGCACUUUUCCUGCAGUAAGAUAACCGCCACAGAUUUCAAAACGCUCAGCCCCCGGUGUCUCGAGUUUUAACAAUGCAACACUGUGGUGUGAAAUGUGAUGAUUGGACUGAUAGUUGUUGAUUCAUUGGGUAGAGUAAUAGUUCAUCAGCACCUUAAUGCUCUUUUGUUAACACUGAAUAGUUCAAUGGGUUGGUUUAAAGUGUUUGUAAUUUCUGUUCUUGGUAUUCAUUUAACAUUUUCUUUUUCAUUGACAAACACUCCAUGUUUCACUUCUUUUGAGAAAAUCAUCCUCAUGUCAAUAAUAAAAUGUAUUUCUUUGA